AUGGGCCUCAAUGAAAUCUUCAACAAUGCUAGGGGAAACAUCUUAAUGAUGGAGCCUCUUCCUAAUGUGAGCAAAGCAUAUUCUUUGAUUAUUCAAGAUGAGAAACAAAGGAGCUUUCAAAAUCUGCCUGUGUUUCAAUCGGAUUCAGCUUCCUUCUCUUUUGGAUCUAACUCCAAACCCAAAUACUCCUUCAACAAUCCAAGAAAUAAUUUUAAUAAUCAAUCGCAGAAGUAUAAUUUCCCUACUCAGAAUCAAUAUCGAAAGGGAAAUUCUGAUGGAAAAGGAAUCUCAGAUCCUCAGAAACUAUUUUGUAGGUAUUGCAAAAAAAAAAAUGGGCAUCUAAUAGAAAAGUGUUAUAAACUUCAUGGUUAUCCACAGAACUUCAAAUUUGGCAAUAAAAAUGCGAGAAUUGUUGCUAAUGUGUAUUCCAAUCCUGAAAGCAAAGUUGACAAUUUCUCUGAGAAUCUCACUUCAUCCACUACCAUAACCGCAGACCAAUACAAGCAGCUAAUCAACAUCCUUCAACAAGUGCAAUCUCAUUUAAAUCCUGGUUCUUGGAUUAUAGACUCUGGAGCAACUGACCAUAUGACCUAUGAUAAAAAUUUACUUACCAAUAUAACUGACUCACCAAUUCCCAUCCUUGUCACCCUACCUAAUGGAUAUAAAGUGAAAGUGACCUCUAUUGGGCCUUCUCUGAAGAAGCCAUUGGUACUUGGUAAGAUGGCUGAAGGGAUCUAUCUCCUCAAUUCUAGCUCCACAGGACUACAAUCUGAUUGUUCCACGGUUUCUUCUUCACUUUCUGUUCAUGUAAAUAAUGCCAAUGUGAAUAAGUCACACAUUUUGUGGCAUAAUAGGCUGGUGGUCCCUAAGUCUUUAAGAGAUAAAUUUUCUCCAAGAUCUACUCCAUGCAUUUUCCUUGGUUACCCUCCUGGAAAGAAAGCAUACAAGCUGCUGCAACUUUUAGACAGGAAAAUCCUCAUCUCUAGAGAUGUUGUUUUUCAUGAAAAUAUUUUUCCUUACUCUGAGUCCACUUCACCUAUAACAUUGUUUCCAGAUGUUUUCUAUUCUUCCAACUUUGAUCAUCCUACCUCUUGUAUACCUGGUCCUACUAAUUCCUCUCAUCAGCACAAUUCUCCUCCUUCCCAAAAUAUUUCUACACCUUCUCCCUCUUCUGUUAACUCACUUUCUCCACCUGUUUCAAUUCCUCUCUCUAACAUUUCUGCACCUUCUCAAGUUACUGCAUCUGAAGUUCCUCCAAGAUAUCCUUCUCGGCACCAUCAUCAACCUUCUUACUCUGAAAGAUUAUAUAUUGUUCUUGAGCCAACAACUUAUCAACAAGCAGCACUACAUCCUGCCUGGCAGGAAGCUAUGUUAAAAGAAUUUGAGGCUCUUGAAGCUAAUGCGACUUGGGAUAUUGUACCUCCUCCACCGGAAAAGAAACCAAUUGGAAAUAAAUG